AUGGACGAUAUUCACAAAUUAGCAGCACAGUACUUUCAACUGGUGGAAUUAAACCAACUGGACUUUCCACCCGGCCCAGUGCUCGUCAAACCAGAUGUGCAAGCAGCACUUCAUGCGCAUAUGUUUGACGAGACGAUCUUUCCUAUCCCACCACACAGCUACCGAAGCCGUGUGCUCAAACAGAUCCUCUCCCGCAUUGAGGAAGCAAUCACAGACCCCGAGCAGGAUGAAAUCAACGAUGAUCUCAUGGAAAGCUGGAGCACAUUAGUCUCCCAGCCCAAACCAUCAUCACUGGAACAAGCCCAGCAACUCUCAUUGGUAAAAUACACAGCCCCCAACAGCACUCGAACAGUCACGACAUCCGAGUCAAGAGGUCUGAUUCUUUCCGGUGGCACCACGGGCAAUCGAACCUGGGAAGCAGCGCUGCACCUCGGCUCAUUCCUUGCCUCUGAUGCGGGUGAGGAGCUAGUCCGUGGGAAACGAGUUAUCGAGCUAGGCGCUGGUACGGGAUUCUUAGCUCUCUUCUGUGCUCGUCACCUUAGAGUGGAAAGCGUUGUUGUCACUGAUAGAGAACCUUUCUUGAUUGAUAAUAUCCGCGCUUGUGUGCGGUAUAAUCAGGAUGGAGAGGAAGCUAUUCCUAUUUAUCCGGCUGUUUGGGAGUGGGGGACGCCAUUGGAUAGGACGGGGGAGCUUGAUGGUGUUGAUGGGGGCUUGAAGUUUGAUGUUGCACUUGGUGCUGAUUUGAUCUAUGAUUCUGAUCUUGUUCCUUUGUUGCUAUCUACUGUCGGUGAUCUUUUCGAUAACUACGGCAUCGAUCAAUUCAUCAUUGCUGCAACUCUGCGCAAUGAGGAUACCUUCCGCACUUUCUUGAACGGUUGUGAAACCAACAAAUUCACAGUCGAGACUCUGCCUUUUGAAUCGACAUCGUCAGAGAAGCAGACUGGUUUCUUCCAUUCAACCAGCAUUCCAAUCCGCACAUAUCGGAUCUCACGCACAAAAUGA